CGAAGGGUUAACCCCACACUCCUCCCCUUCCCAGAGCACAUGGUGCCACCAUCAGGGGGCUGGAAUAGCGCAGGGACCUUCCUGUCCAGCCCCCCCCCAGCUCCUCCUGCCCUGGCGGGUCUGCUCCCGAGCCGGACUCCUGUGCGGUGCUGGGCGAGUCCCCGCCUGCAGCCCCGUGGAUCGCCCCGGCCGGGCGGCAGGAUUCCCUGUCCCUGACUCCGCGAUCUCCCAGAUGCAGCGAGGGGAAGAGCCGUGUGUCCCGGUUCUCCAGGGCGCCGAGGGACGGGAGAUCCCCCGAGUUGCCUGCACAGUAGGUGCCAGGAUGGAGGGGAAGAGUCCAAAGAAGGAAGGGCCUACGGGAGCAGAGCCAUACUGGAUGUCCCAGAGCAUUAAGCAAGAAGAGGGCAGCGGGGCUGGAUGGCCGGAGGAGAUCAACGCGAUGUCUCCAGAGGAGAUCGGCAUCAGGAUGAUGAUGGAGCACAACCGAGCCCAGCUGGGGGAGAGCCCCUACAGCUGCUCGGACUGCGAGAAGAGCUUCAGCCAGAGCUCCCACCUGGUCCAGCACCAGCGCAUCCACACGGGCCAGAAGCCCUACAAAUGCACCGACUGCGGAAAGAGCUUUGUUCUCAGCUCCAACCUCCUGGAGCACCAGCGCAUCCACACCGGGGAGCGCCCCUACAAGUGCGACCAGUGUGAAAAGACCUUCAGCCAGAGUUCCCACCUCUUCCAGCACCAGCGCAUCCACACGGGUGAGCGGCCCUACCAAUGUACCGAGUGCGGGAAGAGUUUCAACCGCAAUUACACCCUGGUGAAGCAUUACCACACCCACAUCGGGGAGCAGCCCUUCAUCUGCAGCGAGUGCGGGAAGAGCUUCAGCCUCGGCUCCUUCGCCCAGCACGUCCGCACCCACACGGGCGAAAAGCCCUACAGCUGUGCUGAGUGCGGUAAGAGUUUCAGCAGCAGUUCCAACUUGAGCCAGCACCGGCGCAUCCACACCGGGGAGAAACCCUACAGCUGUGGCCACUGCGGGAAAAGCUUCAGCCAGAGCUCCAACCUCAUCAAGCACCGGCGCAUCCACACCGGAGAGAGACCCUACAGCUGCCCCGAGUGCGGCAAGACCUUCAACCAGAGCUCGUCACUCAUGCAGCACCGGCGGAUCCACCGUGGCGAGCGGCCCUACGAGUGCACCGAGUGCGGGAAGCGCUUCAGCGUCAGCUCCCACCUGGUGGAGCACCGGCGGAUCCACCGGGGCGAAAAGCCUUACAAGUGUGUCGACUGCGGGAAGAGCUUUGGCUGCAACUCAUCCCUGAUGAAACACCAGCGCAUCCACACCGGGGAGCGGCCCUACAAGUGCCCUGAGUGUGGGAAGUGCUUCAUCGACAGCUCCAAGCUCAACAACCACCGGCGCACCCACACCGGAGAGCGGCCCUACAAAUGCACCGACUGCGGGAAGGGCUUUGGAGACAGCUCCGCGCUCAUGAAGCACCAGAGGACGCACACCAAGUAGACACCCAGCAGAUGGAGAGGGGGGCACUAGUGUCUCUCUGGAGGGUGAAAUUGACAUGCUCUGGGGAUCGGGGGCCUCUAUAAGGGAGACAUUGAUGUGCCUUCUGGGGGGACAAGGGCACCUUUAUAGAGAGUAAAUUGGUGUCCUUUUUUCCAACCCCUAUUGGUCAGCAAGACAUACCCAUCCAUCUCGGAAACCCUGGCCCCUACCCCCAGUGUAUGCCAAUGCCCUUUUGCCUGCAGCAAGCUACAGGCCACUUCCUCCCUCCCCCACUUACAGUGGAUCAAGGUGCAGGUGGCCUCUGCGAGGAUCCCAAAGUGGCAGGAAAUGCUAAGGCAAAUCAUCCAGCUGUGAUGUCUGCCACAGGGAUUUGUACAGAGGAAAUAAGCAAACAUAGUGAGGUUUAGUGAUUAGUCCUGGGAAUCAGAACUUCUGGGUUCUGUCCUCGGGAUGGGGAGUAGGGUCUAGUGGGUGAUAGCAGAGGGGGCUGGGAGCCGGGACUCGUGGAUUAGAUUCCCAGCUAUGUGUGGGUUAUAGAAGGUGAAAUCCGAGUUUGUUUGCAGUCGUGGAUAGGUGUAUAGUUUAGAGCAGGGGCCUGACAAUCAGACCUCCUGGGUUCUACACCCAGCUCUGGCACUUUACCUUUCUGUGUCUCAGUUUCUUCUUCAUCUGUCAAAUGAGAAUAAUGGUACCCAGCUUUUUUCUAGUGUUUUGAGAGUCAUAGAUGAAAAGUGCUUAUUAUUCUGUAUUUGAUGAGUAAUUGUCUAAGCCAGAAGUGACCCUCAUUUCACCUGCUUUGUUCAUGCUCUGAGUUAGCUGUAGAGCAUAGAUCUCUAGGUCUUUUCUUAAUCUGGUUUGCAGUAAUUAAGAUCCACGAUUGAUGUCUCAUUUCUCUCAACCAACUAGGAGAAGAAAUGUAAAGGGAUCCUGGAAAAGGAAAUAAAACUGGGGAUUGUGCCUUUUAAUUUUACUACUUUAUGAUGCACAAAACAAAGCCUGGGGAAGGGGCGGAGGGAAUCAACCUGCUUGGGACAUUAGAAAUUUGGGAGUUGUAUAACUUGGAAGUCUCUUGGGAAGACUCGAGAAUUGGGUCUGAUCAGUUAAACCUGGAGAAUGGCUUUAAAACUUAAGUUAAGGCCAGGAGUUUUCAAUAGCAAUCUCAGAGGAUGUCCAUUGUGUGAGAUAUCUUAGAGGCCUAAUUUUCAGGUGGAAGUGCUCAGCAUUGUCUGAAAAUUGGGCCCCCUUAACCAUUAAAAGUUGGCCACUGCCUGUCACCAUUGAAAGUUUUGGUCCAAAUCUUUAAAAAUCAAGAUUUUCUCUCCCAACAUGUUCCUUGGGUAACUGAGGUAGAUGAGUGACAACAAAGUGAGCCUCUCAGAUUCUUUGCCUGUGUGAAUAUUGAGCUAAGUCAAAUGUCUGGGUCAUGGGGUGCUCUACUCACCACAGGAGCACCUUCUUGUGGCCACAGUUGGGGAUUAGUUCUGCCAGUCUGACGCCCCUUCCUACACGUGCUCACUCCGUCUGUCUCUCGGGAUUCAAUGGCUCCCUCUUCGUGGCUUGGCCCUCUGGCCCAUCAAUGGGGCCAUUUCCCCAGUGGCUGGUAGAGGAACCCAGGCCUGGCCCCUUCUCUGUUUUCCAGCUCAGGGAGCCUACCCUGCUCUGUCCCACACAUCACUGUUGUUUCCUUGGUCUGCUUCCUACAUUGUUUCUGUCCAGCUUCCUCUCCAUCCUCCUCCAGGUUUGCCUUUCCCUCUGGGCCAAGCUCCCUGCUCUCUCAAGCCCCACAGAGUGACUGUAGAUCUCCUCCCUGCAGCCCCUUUCUGCCCUCAGCUACCUGGCUUUCUACAAGCCCUUCCUAUUGCUGUCCAGGUGAGCUUCAUCCUUUAAUUAGUCCUCUCUGCCCCCCUCCAGGUGCAGCCUUGGUGGUUAAUUGGUCCAACUAGUCAUGUUAAGCUCUUCAGAGGUGGUGUGGAGUGAAUGCCCCAUCAGACAUGGGUUUACCAGGUCUGCUACAUUCUGGCCUUUAAACAAUCUCCUGGGAGUAACCCUUUUAGUGUGGCAGACCUUCAGGGGGACACACAGUUCCACCAGGGGAGGCCAUGCAGCCUCUCCGACUCCAGGAUUGGGCCUUCAGGCUCCAGCACCCCUGUUUGCCACAGGGAGCUCCUUCAGCGAGUCCGACUGAGAUCAGACUUCUGCGGAGACAUUCUUGUCUCAGGGAACGAUGCAGCCCAUUGCGUAUUAGCAGUGAUACUGAGCUCUUUCCUCCCUGUAGAGUGUCGGAGGAAGUUGCCUGCUCUUUCCAGGCCAGCAUUCUUGUUCAGUCACUGGGGCUCCCAUUAUGUCUUCCGGAUCUUUCAUUCAGGUGUGUUGAUUCUUUUCUGCUCCUAAAGACCCCUUGGUACCAUUUCAGACAGUCCACCUGCCAUUCUGCCAACCCUCAUUCCCCGCUCUACUCAGUGUGUAGCCAUACAAAGUGCACGGGAAACUGAGACACGCAUAUGGAUCAUAAAAAUAUUACCAACGAUCCCUUGUACAUCACAGCAUAACAGACACUCUGGAGAAAAAUCUUUGUUAAAAGUUCACCAACCCUUUGCCUUGGGAGUUCUGUUAAGCUCUCGAGCCUCCUCACCCGAUGCUUCACAGGGAAAUAAAAUAAGAACAUACAUUCCUGGUGUUGCUAAGGUUUAAAAAAUAAACCCCAGCUCUUCCCCCAGCCCUAUUGUAUUUCUACAGGCAAAGCUGUCAAUGGGGAUCAGUGGGAGCUUUGAUGGAGUUAUAUCUGCAAAACAGAAUUCUUUAUAAAACCCCAACAGCCAUGUGAAACUAUUUAUACUUAAGAAAAGAUGAUUCUUCUGUUCUUGGAGCUGAAUAGGUUAGAGGAGGGCUUUGAGUCAGGACUUCUGGGUUUUCUUCCCAGCUCUGGUAGGGGAAUGGUGGGUAGUGGUUUAGCGUGGGCGAGGGGGCCUGGGAGUCAGGACACCGCGGUUCCGUCCCUGGCGCUCUGCGGGAAGUGGGGUCUAGAGAUUGGAUCAGAGGACGAAAUGGAAAUCUAGACUUCUGGGAGAGAAGAGACCAAAGCUUUUUAGAACAACAAGCUAGCAUCAAGAUGUGGCACGGAAAACCUGUGAUUGAACAAUAGGGUGGGAGAGGGGGAAGGAGGAGAAAAAGCAAAUUACAAAGAUUGUUUCCAAACUGGCUAGUUAUUUUGGGGUGCUCAGUUUGACUCUGAUUUUCAGAGGGCGAGCACUGAGCGCUUUUGGGGGAAUCACUUUCCAUGUACGGGGGUCUCCCCCAAUUUGACUCCCAUAAAAACGGAGACACCCCUAAUCACUCGCUGCUUUUGACAGUGGUGGCCACUGAAUCUUCAGAGUAAACUGGCUAGAAUCCCUGCUCUCUGCUUAGCCAGGUCUUCCACCCACCCCUCACCCUCUCCUUAAGUCAGUUAUUUGCUUCUUUGAUUCACGCAGGGAAACCUUUUCUAAAACCAAAGGAAACCCAGUUUGCUUUAGAGAAGAGACUGCUGUUAAAAUGCCCUUUUUAAGUAAUAUUUUUGAGCCUUUUUUUUUUUUUUUUUUUAUAAAGGGGAGGUCAUGUCUAUUUUAAUUCCGGGGAUCUUUAUAAACACAGAGAGGGGAAGUAAAGGGAUUGGCAAGAUUUCAUCUUAGCAGGAAAGAGGGAAAUCUUUUUCCCACAACUUCACAGGACAUUAUAACCCAGAGAUCUUUCUCCCACAGCUUCAUGAGUUGUCAUAACCCAAAGAUCUCUCUCCUGCAGCUUUGUGAGUUGUCAUAAUGCAGAGAUGUCUCUCCAACCAUUUCAAUCAACGUUACGAGGAGCUGAGAGAGACAAUGCAGGAAAUCUACUUGUGGCAAGAUCAGGGCCUUCACGCUAUGUAGCUUUUAAGGGAGGGGUGUUUGAAUUUAUCUAAUGUUUUUCUGUAGGGCUGAUUUUUUAAAUUCUGUAUCUUUCUUUUUUUCUUUUUUAGUAAUACUAUUUUUCUAUUGGUGUCGGGAGCUUCCUGUAGUUAGAUCUAAGAGGUGACAAUAAAUAUUUGGAGCUAAAAGA